UACACACAAUGGCUUUUACAGAAGAAGUGGCUGUCUUUACUGAGACUAACUUGGGAACUGGAAUCGUCAUGACGGUUCCUCUCGAUAUCACGGCUGAAGAUUUCAAGAGAAAACUCGAGAAGACACAUGCAAGUUGCUUAUCGAGUUUAGGGGAGAUACGAGUUCAUGGUCUGAUGGUUAAACGAAAGUCUCGGUUUUAUUACCUUGUUGAGUCUGUGCCUAUGAAGUACAUCUUCCGAGAUAACCAAAAGCCCUGGUUUAUCCAUGCAGAAGCUAAGGUUGUAAACGGAUCACAUGAGCCAGGCAUUUCUAACAGCAUUGACAAGGCCCAAAUUAGACAGGGCAUCUCCAUAUCUAACAGCAUUGAAGGAGUCACUGCGUUGAUCCAAGGUGAAAACAAGAAGAUAAAGAAGUAUCGGGCGAAACCAAAUAAAAAAAAUCUUGCACCUGGACAAACUUGCCAUGACAAGAGAGAGUCUCUGGGUCCUUCCACAUCUGAACUUGAAACCAUAAGAUCUUCAUCACCAAUAGCAAGAUCUGUUGAGAUAAAAAACUCUGAAUGUUUCAACAGCUUCGUAGCAAAAACGCCAGAGGGGAAACCUGGAGACUCUGUGGAUAUGAGCGAAAUGAUGGGAAAGAAAGUAACGGUGGCUGCAAACAACAUCAGAAUGCACGGGAAGAGCCAUAUGUGGUCUUCAUUGUCAUCAUCUAUAUUCAGAAGCAAGACUCUAGAUGGUAAGACAGUCAGUUCUGCUACAAAAUUUCUGGUGUUUGAAGUACCAGACUGUGAGGAUUGAGUCUUUUUGAUUAAGCUCUCCCUUACUUAAUGCCUAACUGCACAAAAAGUAGCUUUGUGUAGUAGAUAGAUUGUGCAAGUGAUGAUGAUUCUUUUUUGGCAAAUAUUUUGUAAAUAAAUAUUAGUAAGUUUGAUGAUUCUGUGUUUCGUAUUAUUAGAAACCAUGAGGGAAGAAAAAAAAAAAAGGGCAUUAGAUGUGAAGAAAAGAAUCACAGAAUUGUCUUUAGCUUUUGCUUCUACUCUUUUUUUGCAAGGAUUCUCUUUAUUUA